AUGGAUAAACUACUCAAGCCUGAUCGACUAGACAUCGAUUCCAAUUCAACAAAUGCAACACAACUCUGGACACACUGGAAGAGAACCUUUCAAAACUUUCUAGAAGCAGCUAAUGUUUCUGAAGACAAAGAUAAACUGAAUUUAUUGGUGAAUUAUGUAAAUCCUGUAGUAUAUGAAGCUAUAGGUGAAUGUACCACCUACACUGAUGCAACUGCUACCUUAGAAAAACUAUACAUAAAACAAAAGAGUGAAAUAUUUGCCCGGCACACAUUAUCUACACGAAAGCAACAAGUGGGUGAGUCCAUUGAUCAAUAUUUACUAAUCUUAAAACACUUAAGUAAGGAUUGCAAUUUUCAAGCAGUGUCUGCUGAUAGAAAUAAAGACGAUUACAUCAGGGACUCUUUUAUUCGAGGUUUAAGUGCUUCAAAUAUUAGGCAAAGACUACUUGAAAGCGCCACUUUAACAUUAGAUCAAGCAUAUAAUUCAGCCAGAGCUUUAGAAAUGGCCCAACAACAAUCAGAUUCAUAUAUUAUGUCAAAUUCUAUUGUAAAUUCUAUUACUACUGAUAACACCCUUCAGAAUACUGCACACGAAACUGAUCAAAACAACUCGACUAGCGCAGCUACCUUUUCAAAAUGCUGGUUUUGUGGAAAAAGUCGCCAUACUAGAGAUAGAUGUCCUGCUAAAAAUCACCAAUGCUCUUGUGUUUAUUAA